UUAUGCGUGGGAAGCCUCGCUCCCCACCCAUCCCGCCUGUGCUGCUUGCGGAUGAUUCACUUCUAGCGAUUGGCCUGGGGUGUAUUCAUUACGCCAAUUAUGUUGCAAAACGUUUACUCCAAACGCUAUUGAGUUCUGUUUUGUUCUUAAACGGAAGUUGUAGUUCAGUGGUGUCUCUCUUCAAAAUAAAUAAGCGGCUGGAAAAAGUUGGAAUCCCGCUGACUUCACUUCACUUUAGAGCAUGGAAGAAUCGAUCAUUAAUAGAUGUGCAGUUCGUGCCAAACACUUCGUAGACAAUUCAGAUUGGAAUGGCAAAUCGUGGAACAAUAACAUAAAAAUUAACUAGCUAGCUACAACUUCCAUUUAUGAACCCAACAGCUUUUACGUGACGUUGAAGAGCGUUUGGAGUAAACGGUUUCUGUUGCAAAACGUUUUGCAAUAGAAUCGGCGUAAUGAAUGCACCCUGAUUAGCCAUUCUCUUGUUGGCUGGCUGCUUGUCAUGAUCUAAAUCUGUUAGCGGUUUUGGGUGUGCGUUCCUGACAACAGUACUCCUGCCCGUCAUCGCCAUGACAGCAGAAGAGAUCAUCAAUGUGAAGGAGGUGGAGAUCAUCAAGGUGAUCCUGGACUUCCUCAACUCUAGGAAGCUUCACAUCAGCAUGCUGGCCCUGGAGAAAGAGAGCGGAGUCAUCAACGGACUAUACUCUGACGAUAUGCUCUUCCUCAGACAACUGGUGCUGGAUGGGCAGUGGGACGAGGUUCUCCAGUUCAUUCAGCCGUUGGAGUGCAUGGACACGUUUGACAGGAAAAGGUUCCGUUACAUCGUCCUGAAGCAGAAGUUUCUGGAGGCCCUGUGUGUGAACAAUGCCAUGUCUGCUGAGGACGAGCCACAACAUUUGGAGUUCACCAUGCAGGAGGCGGUGAAGUGUCUUCAUGCUCUGGAGGAGUUCUGUCCCUCUAAGGAUGACUACAGCAAGCUAUGUCUGCUCCUCACCCUGCCUCGGCUCACCAACCACGCUGAGUUCAAGGACUGGAACCCCAGCACGGCGCGGGUGCAGUGUUUUGAGGAGGCGUGCACCAUGGUGGCAGAGUUCAUCCCUGCAGACAGGAAGCUGAGCGAAGCGGGGUUCAGAGCCUCAGGGAACCGCCUCUUCCAGCUCCUCAUUAAAGGAGUUCUGUACGAGUGCUGUGUCGAGUUCUGCCAGAGCAAGGCGACAGGCGAGGAGAUCACGGAGGGCGAGGUGCUCCUGGGGGUGGACAUGCUGUGUGGGAACGGCUGUGAUGACCUGGACCUUUCUUUACUCUCCUGGAUGCAGAACCUGUCCCACAGUGUCUUCUCCUGCGCCUUCGAGCAGAAGCUGCUCCAGAUCCACGUGGACCGCCUGGUCAAGCCCGCCAAGGCCGGCUACGCAGACCUCCUCACCCCGCUCAUCAGCAAGCUGUCCCCCUACCCCUCCUCGCCUCUCCGCCGUCCCCAGUCCGCCGACACCUACAUGUCCCGCUCCCUGAACCCGGCCCUGGACGGGCUGUCGUACGGUCUGUCUGGCCAGGAGAAGAGGGGCCCGGGGGGGGACACGGCGGGGGGGAAGGGGGUGUCCCCCAUGUCUCAUUCCUUCGCUAACUACCACACAGGGGGCCAGAGUUUGAGCAGGAGUCUGAUGCUGGAGAGCUCCGACUGCCACAGCAUCUUUGAGGAGUCGCCUGAGAGCUCCAGGACUGACACGCCCGUGGAUAAAAUGAUGAGUUCAGGCACCCUGCGCCCCGCCUCCGCCCCUGGAGAGGACGCCCCGUCACCAGGCUCUGCAGAGAGGAAUGAGCUGCGUGACUCCACAGAGAAGUAUGAGGAGUUUUACCGCCAGCGUCUGAGAGUACAGCAGCACCUGGAGCAGAAGCAGCAGCAGAGACAACUCUACCAGCAGAUGCUGCUGGAGGGAGGCGUGCAACACACUGACCAGCCAGUCCCCGGGACAGACGCCACGCAGCACAGCCUCACUGAGACGUUCCUCAACAGGUCUAUUCAGAAGCUGGAGGAGUUGAACGUGGGGAUGGAGAGUCUAGGGGAGGAUGUCCAGUCUCUGGCCCAGCAGUGUAAUGGUACGGGCCCCUCUCCCGAGAACAACAACAUCGGUGACCCCGUAGGCUUGACCCCUGACCCCGCCGUGACCCUGACCCCCAAGCAGGGCCAGCCCCAUGGAGGAGGGUUGGUCAGCAGCACCCCACAAUGCACCACAGCGGGUCGGGGGGUACCCCCACUGAACGAAUCCCCCGUAGUCUCCCAGAGUCCUCAGAAAGUAGCUGGACAGCCUUCCGGAUUAGACCACUCACCAGGAGCCCUAACCCGAAGUAAGGAGGAGGACAAGCCCAAGGCCCUGUUUGUAGCUGUGAACACCCUGGAGGACACUCAGGCGGUGCGCGCUGUUGCCUUCCACCCCACGGGGGCGCUAUACGCUGUCGGUUCCAACUCUAAGACGCUACGCGUGUGUGCCUACCCAGACGCGCCGCUGGACACCAGUGGGGUGUCAGGUAUGACCAAGCAGCCGGAGGUUCGUUUUAAAAGGAAUAAGCACCAUAAAGGUUCUAUCUACUGUGUGGCCUGGAGUCACUGUGGAAAGCUACUAGCCACCGGCUCCAAUGACAAAUAUGUCAAAGUCUUGCCCUUCAGUGCCGAGACCUGCAAUGCCACAGGUCCAGACCUUGAGUUCAGUAUGCAUGAUGGGACCAUCAGAGACCUGGCGUUCAUGGAGGGACCAGAGAGUGGAGGGGCCAUUCUGAUCAGCGCCGGGGCCGGGGACUGUAACAUCUACACCACUGACUGUCAGAGAGGACAGGGCUUACACGCUCUCAGUGGACACACGGGUCAUGUUCUGUCUCUGUAUACGUGGGGAGGGUGGAUGAUAGCGUCAGGCUCUCAGGACAAGACUGUGAGGUUCUGGGACCUGAGAAUACCCACUUGUGUUAGAGUGGUGGGCACUGCCUUCCAUGGAUCAGGCAGUCCUGUUGCCUCGGUAGCGGUGGACCCUAGCGGUCGUCUCCUAGCGACGGGACAGGAGGACAGCAGCUGUAUGCUCUAUGACAUCAGAGGAGGACGCGUGGUGCAGACGUACCGGCCCCACUCCAGCGACGUGCGCUCCGUUAGGUUCUCCCCCGAGGCACACUACCUGCUCACUGGUUCCUACGACACCAAGGUCAUGAUCAGCAACCUGCAAGGUGACUUAACGAAGCCAUUGCCCCUGACUCUGGUAGGGGAGCACGGUGACAAGGUGAUCCAGUGCAGGUGGCACACACACGACCUGUCCUUCCUCUCCUCCUCCGCUGACCGUACCGUCACACUCUGGACACACAACACCUAACAGGCACAUACUCACUCAACACAACCCCUAAAACACACAGUAGACAUGCAUAACCCAUAAUACACAACCUGGACACACAUAUGCACCCCCUUUUCCUUACACUCUUUUACCACUUUCAACAAACAGGACAGUUUAUCCCUCUGUACAUUUGGUUGUGUGGCUGUCUGUGAGUAUCUUUUAGCUGUAUUUAGGUUUGAUUUCAUAUCAUGCUCAGCUCCCCUCAACAUCACUGCUUCUGUGAGCAACUCUCACAUCCUCUAGUUGUGUGUGUGUGUGUGUGUGUGUGUGUGUGUGUGUGUGUGUGUGUGUGUGUGUGUGUGUGUGUGUGUGUGUGUGUGUGUGUGUGUGUGUGUGUGUGUGUGUGUGUGUAAAAUGGGGAAAGUGAAAAAGUGCACCAACUGACCCUUCCCUUUGCUCUAUCACUCCAUUCCUCCACUCAUCCCAAUGACUCUUCAACAUUUUCAUUUACAAAUGACACAGCAGACUCCCUACACUUGCAUCUACUCCAUUAUGUUUUCAAUAAGGAGAGAGAUGUUUUGCUAUAGUGCAUUGUUUGAUAUGGUGCCUUGAGUUAUCCAGUCUCCACUAGGAAAGCUUAAUCAAUACAGAAACCCAUGUGGGUCCUCUCCAUUUCAGGUCAAAAGUUUCAGUUAUCUGUGAGAUCUUUCAAGAACAAAUGUACAUUCCUCAUUCGUUUGCACUGUCAGUGUUUUUGUUACAGCAUGUGUUACUAUGCUGCUAUUAUUUGAGAAGAAACCAAGAAAUGGAUGUUGUGAUCUAAAAUGCUGACAAUAUGUCAGUGUGUGGUUCAGUAAAUCAGGUGCUCCUUGCGGAGUUGAAUCUGUUGCAUUGAUCGAUCAAUUAGCUAUCGGUUGCUUAGCUGUUGUCAAUACUACUACUAUAGCCCUACUGUGGGAGAUGUCUAACGUUACUGUUACUGCCCACCGCAUUUCUGCUUUAGGCUUUGUAAAUAUUGGAGACAAAAAUGUGUACAUUUGCUUGUACGUUUUUAAUGUUGAAUCAGUGUUUGGUGCAAAAUGCUGUCUUCAGGCAGUUGUUAUGGUGUCUCUUGCUAUGGCUUGCCUGCAAAUGGAAAAAAUUAAAUACUUGUUUUAAUAUCGACAUGGAAGGGAAUUACAGAUCUACUUUUUGGCUUGGCCAGCUUCAGCGUACAGUUAAGCAACACUCACUGUAGUAUAGCUUUAUUUUAAUCUGCAAUGUUACUGGUUGCUACCAAAAUGGCAGUCUCUGCCCAUUUCAAAAGGGAGUAGCUUAUGCACAAUAUCUUAGAAAAAGCAUGGCAUUGUUCUACAACACAAUUUAUAAACCCGUAUUAAGGGUGUUUUGCGUUUGUUACUUUCAGUUUCUGUAUUUUGCACUUUGUCACUAGACACUCCAUUAAUAACUUGUUUGACUUAUCAAAAUGCAGGCUUGAGUUUUAUGCUUUGUUCUUUGUGUACAGUUUCUCAUUUUAAAUUAAAAGGCCAAACUAAUAAAUAGAUGUAUUUAUUUAUCUUUUAUUCUUUUAAAAUGUUAUUGUAAUAUAUAGUCAUCCUUUUCUGUUGAUAUGAAAUUAAAUAGUGGUUCCGGUAUGUAGCUUUUCUAAACCUUGUUUUAAGUGACUAAGAGAAAUGAAUAGAGCUUAUUGAAAGUGUGAUCACUGCUGUGGUAUCUAAAUAAAAGCCUCUUUGACACUUCA